AUGGUUGAAUACUGGUUCAUCACAGAUGUGGAGAGAAACCACAGUUAUGGAAUGGUUCAUGGAAGAUUUCAAAGCAACUGGACCGACUCCAUGAUCUAUGCGGGAAUAUAUAUGGUACUAGUCUAUGCUGGGAGGAGUGCCAUGCAGCAACGACCAAAGUAUGAUUUGCGACGUGCACUAGCAGUCUGGUCGGGAAGCUUGGCCAUCUUCAGUAUCAUCGGCUUCUUCCGCGUCUUCCCAAAACUACUGGAGGAGUACAUGCAAGGAGGAUGGCGACAAACCCUGUGCGAUAAAAGUUUCCUCAACAGCGUCAGCGGAUUCUGGGUCUACCUCUUUACACUCAGCAAAGUGAUUGAACUUUUUGAUACCAUGUUCAUAGUGCUGCGCAAGCAGAAACUAAUGUUCCUGCACUGGUACCACCAUGUGACGGUGCUCGUAUAUAGCUGGUACACGCUAUCGGAAGGAGUCCCGAGCGGUAUCUACUACACAGUCAUGAACUACUUCGUUCACUCGCUCAUGUAUUCGUACUACGCGCUACGAGCUUCCAGAAUGGUGAAAAUCCCGGUUCAAGUCAACAUGGUCAUCACCUUCUUGCAACUAUGCCAAAUGAUGAUGGGAAUCUACAUAAAUAUAUACAGUUAUUUCCAUUUAGAAAUCACUGAGACAUGCCCUGUAUAUUAUAACAAUAUAUACUGGGGUCUUGGCAUGUAUUACACCUACUUUUUAUUAUUCAGCCAUUUCUUCUAUUCUAACUACAUCGCCCCUCAAGGCAAGAAGGAGCUUGAUACAAGUACAGACAUUUCCAAAAAACUUCAAUAA